AUGCCCUCCUUCUUCAAGAGAUCGAAGAAGGAGAAGGAGAAGGAGGGAGAGGCAGAGGCCGAAAAGGCCAAGGCGGAGCGCGCCGCCACUCCGCCUCCCACAUACGAGGACGCGCAGACCGAACCGCCUGCGUUCGAGGACCAGCCGCCGUCGUUUGAGUCCAUCAACGGGUCCAAGGGAGGCGCGCGGCCGCCGCCCACCGAGGCCGAGGUUGCGAACUUGACGGCUGCGUUUUCGGCGCUAAGGCUGAGCACGCAGCGCGAUCCGGACGUCGACUCGUGCCUGGCUCAUCUGAAACUUCUGUUUGCGAUCCAGACGCUGAAGGAGGAGGUUGGGUAUACCGACGGGCUGUGGGAGAUCUGGGAUACGAGGGCCGGACCGAAGCCGGACAGCGAGGAGGCCGGGUCGAGCAAGAAGUCGGAGGACUAUGUCAAGGAUGUGCUCUCGAAGUUACGCGAGAAGCGGUGGGCGGUGUUCUUGGCGCGCGCGGUUGAUCGGUACGAGACUUGGUGGAUGACGUUGGCCGGAGAGCGGCUGAAGGAGGAGGACAUGAAGAUCAAGUCGGAGAAGUAUCUCGAGUUUCCGGAUGGCGGGGAUGAUUUCCCAUGGACUCUGGAUAUUCUUCCCCCGUUGGAUGUUCUCAUGAUCUGGCACGCGCACAUGCUCAACCCGAGAGCUUUCCUCGAGGAUACGAUGCGCUAUGGGAUGAAGACGUUCUGGACAACGGGCAUGCCAUGGGCUCAAGUCAACAAAAUCAUCGAUGCCAAGUUCAACUACAUCGCCACGGAUGCCGCCAAAGCGAACUGGGAGGCUAGCACUGGGCGAGCAUGGGAUAACGUCGCAGAGCCCCUGGCGAAGUACAUGGAAUGCCCCGUUUGCAAGGAGACCAUAGAAGCCCCAUGGACCACCUGCGGCCUACCGGAGCUCUACAAAGGCGAAGCAAAGCCAGGCCUCGUCGGCAAGGGCUUUGGCGACGGAGACUUCUUCCAGCUUUGCACGGCAGGCUGCGGUACCAUCAUCACGCGGCGCUUCCUCUCCGUGGCCAAGAUGCUCAGCGACGCAGAGCAUUACCUCGCCGACAACCAUACCGUCCCCAGCGCCGUCCUCGAGCCGAAGGUCGGGAUGCCCAUCCCGCAGGCCGACGGGCAUGCGCCCCAGGGGCAGACCUUCAGAGAGGCCACCUUCCCCAACCGCUUGCUCGGCUUCGGGAUGAUUGAGGAGCUGAGGAGGCUCGUCCGGCCGGGGCUGCAGAAGCCACCCACGAUGGAAAACGUUCGUAAUAUUAUUCAGGUGACGCUGGAGGACAACGACGCAUACGGGAGGAUCCAGGAGCUGGACAAGAAGCCGUACAAUAAGAUCCUCUCGCGCACGGAGAGAGUGCAGAGCAAGAAGAUGAUGUCGCGGUACUGGGAUAAUUACUCCAUCUUCGCGCUGGAUCUUGUUGGAGCCACGGUGCGGCAGGGUGUGUUUGUGGAGAAGAUGUACAACAUCGACUGGCUCCACGGCCCCAACCAGCGCGGCAUCAUGGACCGCCUCCUCCAGAAAUACAGCCGCUUCAUGCUCAUCAUGACGGAGAACCCCUACUCCCUCUGCGUCCCGACGCUGGACGUCGACCUCGCGUGGCAUACGCACCAGCUAGCCCCGCGGGCAUAUUACAAGUUCAGCACUUUCAACUCCGCGACCACGGGGACCAAGGAGGCCAGGUUCAUCGACCACAACGACAAGAUCGACGAGGAGCGGCUUACGGAGGCGUUUGAGUGGAGUAGCAGGACGUAUCUGGACAAGUUUAAUGAAGUGUACUCCGAGUGUGUUUGUGGGUGGUGUGAUAUUAUCCGCACCAACCACACCAUCAACGACUCGAGCAUCUUUGGGCGCACAAAACAACAGAAAACGAUCGACAACUUCAACGCCUCCGCAAAACCCUCCGCCCCGGGCGCCGAAGUCCACAUCUCCGCCCACAACGCCGUCCUCUCGAAAGAGAACGGCGGCCGCAAGGCCCUGCGCUACCAGCAGCGGCAGAUCUGCAAGCACCGCAUGGACGGCGCGUACGAGCGGGCCGCGAAGCGCGCGUCGAAGAAGGGCGUCAAGCUGCCCAAGCCCGAGGAGUACUACAACCACUGGGGCAGCACGUAUCACCGCUACGGGCCGAACAUGUACCCGGCGCACCUCACCGCGGGCAUCUACGUCGCAGCCGACCCGGGGAUCAUGCAUGCUGGGACGGGGAGCUGGGCGGGAUGUGCCCAGGGGUUGUGUGGCAGCAAUGACAUCGCGGCUGGGGGGUGUGGCGGGCCGGGUGGGUGUUCCACCUCGGAUUUGUAG